AUGAUCAACAAGGUCAGCGGCCGAUUCAAGGGAUCUGGCUUUGUUCUAUUCCGCCACUGGAGUUCCUCCCGCCAUGCCCUCCGCCGCCCACAGAAGCUAAUCGACGGCCGCAUGGGUGAGAUCGAGGAGGGUCCUAUUGGCUUUGUUCGGAAUAUUGGGAAGCCGAAAGGGCACGCUUUGUUUGUCUAUAAGACAGUGGAGGGUGCCAUGAGAGCCCUCGAGGAGCCAUACAGGAAUUUUGAGGGUAUUGUUCCUCAAUGUGAGAGGGCUAACGACAAAAAUAAGGAGACACAAUAUUUUAAUACAGCAGCUCCACUCAAUGCAGCACCGAGCAAAGGAAAUCUCAAUGGUCCUGGUUAUACAAUGCAUGUAUCAGAUAUUGGGUUAGCUCAACAAGCUGCAUUGACGGGGCAGGGUUUUCUUGGCAUGGGCGGGGCACAAGCAUAUGGGCAGGCUAUGCAGUCUAAUGCUGCUGUGCUUGCUUUACUGGCAGCUGCUUGGCAGAAUCCAGCUGCAUUUGGAAUGACACCUUCUGUUCUUACUUUGAACCCUUCCUUUGCAACUACAUUUGGUGCUGCAGGGAGUCAGCAGACUGCACCCACUUUACCUCAGAUGGCCGCCCAAGCGCCAAACUAUGGGGCUGCAAGUUCUGUAUAUCAGGGAUCUGCUCGUUUCCAGGGCGCCACAGGUUUUCAAGGUUCGCCAGGGUUUUUAGGACCUCCAGGAUUUCAGGGUCCUCACGGGUAUCAGAGCAGUCAGUCUGUUACUCAAAGUGGCAGCUCUUACCCAACAGGGACAGCUCCAGUGUCAAGGUGACCAACUGGAUCAAUGGGUGGAUAUGGACAAGUUUAGAAUUUCAUGAUUUGGGGUCUGACAAUGAUGGAGUGGAGUGC